AUGGCUACGGCGGGGGCUCGCAGCCGCCCACGCUGGGCGCCCGAAGCCGCAGGAGGAACGGGAGGUGCGAAAGUGCUGCUCGUUCUCGCGGUCAAACCACCGAGCAGCUCCACGCGCCACCUCCCACCUCCUCGGUCGCCCGAGGACUGCGGCGCCCGGCCGCGAGCGCCCGACACCACCGCCGAGGCCACUGUGACCCGCGAGCGCCGGCGCCGAUGCGCCCGCGACACGGGCCCGUAUCCCUCAUCUGCCGCCAGCUUGGCAACUGCUUCUCCCUUCCGGAGGCCGCGCUGGCGAGUCCCCGGCACGCGUCGGGCUGGCGCUGCAGCUGCCGCCUCCCGAGCCGAGGAAGCGUGCAAAAACCCCGGCACGAGCAGAAAUCCACGUCCUGGGAAAACUCGCUACCACGUGGCGGCGCUGGGAGAUGGGGACGUUCAGUUAAUCAGAUCCAGCAAGAAAUCCCCGCCGGUGCCCAGCGCCCGGCGCUUUCCAAUCGGCUUUUUUGGGACGUGCCUGGAGGCAGCGAGCCUGGAGAAAAGCCGCCGUGGUGCCGGGCGCUGGCAGGCUGCGGCCAGGGGCUCGCGGGAGCCUCUCGGUGCCGUUUCCUCCGGGAAUCGCCAGCGACGAAGCCCCAACGGGGACGGCUGCGGCCACACCGUGCUGACGCCCCGCGGCGGGACGCUGAGCUCCAAAAACUACCCGGGCACCUACCCCAACCACACGGGCUGCCGGUGGCGGCUGCGGGCGCCGCCGGGCGCCUCGCUCGUCCUGGCCUUCGGCGACGUGGACCUGGAGCCGUCGGAGGGCUGCGCGGCCGGCUCCCUGCGGCUGCUCGCCGACGCCGGCGCCGCCUACGGGCCCUACUGCAGGAACGCCGGUCCCGCGGCCCCGCUCCUGGUGACCAACGCCAGCGCCGUGACGGUCCUGUUCAACAGCACCAGCCACCGCUCCGGACGGGGCCUCCUGCUCUCCUACGCCACCUCCCAGCACCCAGACCUGGUCUCCUGCUUGGUGAAAGGCACCCACUACGCGCAGGAGCACAUCAGCGUGUACUGCCCCGCCGGCUGCAAGGGCAUCGCCGGGGACAUCUGGGGCAACGUGCACCAAGGCUACCGAGACACCUCGGUGCUGUGCAAGGCGGCCGUGCACGCCGGGGCGAUCGCCGACGAGCUGGGCGGGCAGGUGGCCGUGACGCGGGAGAAGGGCGUCACGCUCUACGAGGCAGCCUUCGCCAACGGGCUCCGCUCCAAAAGGGGCUCCCUCUCCGAGAAGCGGCUCGUGUUCCACCGAGCCUGCGGCGAUGCCCUCGCCGUGGCCGCCUUCAACGCCUCGUCCUCCUGGCACGAGGUGGACGCGCUGGGGCAGCUCCGCGCCUGGACGGCCGAGCGGGCCGAGCUCGGCGCCGCCGGCCGCUCCUGGGCCGCCGCUCCGGGCUCCGAGGCCGCCUGGCUGGAGCUGGACCUGGGCGCCCGCAGGAACGUCACAGGGAUUAUCACCAAGGGAUCUUCGGAGGAGUACGACUACUACGUGGAGUCCUACCGGGUCUCCUCCAGCCGGGACGGGAAGAACUGGAGAACCUACAAGGGCAGCGGCGGGCAGGAGGACAAGGUCUUCGAAGGCAACGCCGACAGCCGCGAGGAGGUCGCCAACGCCUUCAUCCCGCCCGUGGUGGCCCGCUACGUGCGCAUCACGCCCCAGCGCUGGCACCAGCGCAUCGCCUUGAAGGUGGCCCUGCUGGGCUGCCAGCCGGCGCGGAUGAGGGCGCCCCGGCCCUACGCGCCCAGCGCCCCGAAGGAGGUCCCCGUCCCCCCCGGCAGCCUGGCCACCCGCACGCCCGUGCCCGGCGUCGCCCUGGACCCAGAGAAGGCAGGCUCCGCGCUGCUGGUCAUGCUGCUCGUCGGCGGCUUCGUGCUGCUCUGCUCCGGCCUCCUGCUGCUGGCUUUCCUCUGCCACCGGAAAAGGAAGCCCGCGGCCGAGCUGCACUGCGGGCUGGCGGAAGGGCACCCCACACCGGAGCCGAGCCUGCCGCCCGCCGGCUCCGCGCUGGCCUCCUUCCCCGCGCCGCCGGACCUCGGCGCCGACCCCUCGGCAGAGUACGCCGAGCCGGACAUGCUGCAGGCGAGCCCCGGCGGCCAGACGGGCCCCUCCACCUUCAAGCCGCCCCCGGAUGAAGGCUACGCGCUGCCGCUGGUCGCGAGCCACUACGAUGUGCCGGGGAAGCACCACGAGUACGCGGAGCCGCUGCCGCCCGAGCCCGAGUACGCCACGCCGUUCAGCGAGCAGGCGCCCGAGCCAGCCGGCACCCCGAGCCGCUCCGGGUGCCUCGGCUCGGCGCGGUACCACUCGCCCGCCCCGCGGCCCGCGGAGGCGCCCGGCGGGCUCUGUGCACCCCCCCGGCCGGAGCGGACUGCCAGCCCCGGCGGGGACUCGGUGGCCGGGGCACCCGCGCCCUCUCCACGGGGGUCCCAUUUCCAGCUCGCAGACUGUGCGCUCUCGCACGUGUACCACGAACCCUUGUGAAGCCGCAGGGGGGGAGAUGGCCUCCGCCGCGCCGGAGGACGCAGCUGCCCUGUCAGCGGGGAGAAGGCGAAGGGGAAAGCGCGGCC